AGGUAUUUAUUGAUGAAGCAAAUCGAGUUAGACCAUUAUUAAACGAUAAUCAGCGUAAUGUAGCUGAUGCAAUCCUUGCUGCACUUAGUGAAGAACCUAAUAAUGAAAAUAAGCAUUCAAGAUUUUUCUUUAUGGAUGGGCCUGCCGGUUGUGGUAAAACAUUUACUUACAAUUAUUUAAUUGCUGAAACACGCAGCAGGCAUAUUAGAACUGCAACAGCUGCAUGGACAGGAAUAGCUGCAACUCUUCUUAAGAAUGGAUGCACAUUGCACGGCUUAUUCAAACUUCCUGUUCCAAUUUUGGAAACUAGCACAUGUAAUGUAACUCCAAACUCCAUUCAUGGUAGAUUCCUGAGACAAGUUAGUUUAUAUUUACUCGAUGAAGCAUCUAUGAUACCCAAACAUGCUUUGAGUGCCAUUGAUAAGUUAUUACAAGAUAUUUGUAAUAAUAAGUUUCCUUUUGGUGGUAAAGUUAUUCUUAUGGGUGGAGAUUUUCGACAAAUACUUCCAGUUGUGAAGAGAGGUCGACCAGCAGAUGUUGUAGAAUCAUGUAUAAAGUGUUCUGAACAUUGGCAAUAUGUGCAAAGGUUUUCAUUAACUGAAAAUAUGAGGGUUCAGAUAGGAGAAGAGGAAUUUUCUCAAUGGCUUUUAAAGCUUGGAAGUGGAACAUUACCUGUCAAGCCUGAAGAUCCUUUGCAAGGGUGUAUUGAAAUACCUGAGCAGUGUUUUCUCAAUGAUAAUGAAUCUAUUGUGGAAAAGAUUUUUGGUGGUGCAGAAGAAGCUGAUUAUGCAAAACGUGCUAUUUUAACACCAACAAAUGUUGAUUCAUUGGCAAUAAAUGAAGAAGUCCUUCAUCGAUUACCGGGUGAUGUUAAAACUUAUUUAAGUUCAGAUAGCAUUGAAACUGAUGAUCAUAAUGAAAUUUAUAAUUUUCCAGUUGAGUUUUUAAAUACUUUGACUCCAUCAGGUAUGCCUGUUCAUUGCCUAAAGUUGAAAAUUGGUGCUGUUAUAAUGCUACUUAGAAAUUUAGAUCUCAAAGGUGGACUUUGUAAUGGAACACGUUUGAUGGUGCGUGCACUACACAACAAUUACAUUGAUGGUGAGGUUCUAACAGGUGUAUCAGCUGGUAACAGGGUAUUUGUUCCUCGAGUUCAAUUAGCUCCAUCAGAUUCAAAUUUACCUUUUACACUUAAACGUCGUCAAUUUCCAGUUAGGUUAGCAUACUCAAUGACCAUAAAUAAAAGUCAAGGUCAAACAUUUGAUAAAGUUGGUGUUUAUCUCAAAAAGCCUUGCUUUUCACACGGCCAAUUAUAUGUUGCAUGUUCAAGAACAAAAUCUUUUAAUAGUUUGUUUUUUAAAGUUGAUAAACAUGCAUUACAAGGUAUUUAUAUUAUGUUAUUUCCAUGUUUGAAAAGUGGUGUUACUUGGCAACGUGUAGUGCAAGAUUGUGAUCCUUGCCAGCCAAGUGGUGUUACUAAUUAG